AUUGACUCUCACUUGUAACGCGACUCGAGCCGCAGCGGCCGCGGUGAAGCGGAGACGGCGGGUGGACACCUGGACACCUACUCACCACAGGGUGGACACCUACACACCACAGGGUGGACAUCUACUCACCACAGGGUGGACACCUACUCACCACAGGGUGGACACCUACUCAGCACAGGGUGGACACCUACUCAGCACAGGGUGGACACCUACUCACCACAGGGUGGACAUCUACUCACCACAGGGUGGACACCUACUCACCACAGGGUGGACACCUGGACACCACAGGGUGGACACCUACUCAGCACAGAGUGGACACCUACUCAGCACAGAGUGGACACCUACUCAGCACAGAGUGGACACCUACUCAGCACAGGGUGGACACCUACUCACCACAGGGUGGACACCUACUCACCACAGGGUGGACACCUACUCAGCACAGGGUGGACACCUACCCAGCACAGGGUGGACACCUACUCAGCACAGGGUAGACACCUACUCAGCACAGGGUGGACACCUACUCAGCACAGGGUGGACACCUACUCAGCACAGGUGGACACCUACUCAGCACAGGGUGGACACCUACUCACCACAGGGUGGACACCUACUCAGUACAGGGCGGACACCUACUCAGCACAGGGUGGACACCUACUCAGCACAGGGUGGACACCUACUCACCACAGGGUGGACACCUACUCAGCACAGGGUGGACAUCUACUCACCACAGGGUGGACAUCUACUCACCACAGGUGGACACCUACUCACCAAAGGGUGGACACCUACUCACCACAGGGUGGACACCUACUCGGCACAGGGUGGACACCUACUCAACACCUACUCAGCACAGGGUGGACAUCUACUCACCACAAGGUGGACAUCUACUCACCACAGGGUGGACACCUACUCACCACAGGGUGGACAUCUACUCACCACAGGGUGGACGUGGCCGCGACUUCCCUGCUGCACCGCGCACGGCCAACGGGGAACGAGUCGAGGCGCGUGCCAUGUACAUCAGCUCAGUGGCUCGGGGCCGCGGGGACCCGGACGGGGGGGGAGGGCCCCCCAGGCGAGGGGGAGAGGCCUCGGCGCACAACAGCGGCGGAGCGGCGGGGGGGGUCGCGCAGGCGCGGGAGGCCCUGGAGCAGCUGAAGCUGGAGGCGAACAUCCAGCGUGUGAACGUGUCCAAGGCCGCUUCGGACCUCAUGGAGUACUGCACCGCGCGCGCGCAGGAGGACCCGAUGCUCACGCCGGUGCCGUCCUCCGAGAAUCCGUUCCGCGAGAAGAAGUUCUUCUGCUCCAUCGUGUGACGUUGACCUUGCGACCCUUUGACCUUGACCACUGGCACCGGGCAGCACGCGGCCCUGACGCUAAAACCCCAGCCUCGAAUGCUGCAACUCUGACCCAAACGUCUGCCGUACCUCGCUUCCAUCGGCUCGUUUUAUUUCCCCUCCUGGCUGCUCUGCUCUCUCUCCUCCCACUCCUCACCGCCCCCCCCCCCUCUCCUUGUGCACAAUCCACCCUUUCCGCUCCUUUUCCCGACUCGCCCCCCUUGCACUGGAACAAACUUCCGCUCCACGUGGAGCGAGCAGCACCCCUCUCUCCUUGUCGAGUUUCCGCUCCUCCCUCAAGACUCCCCAACCUCUUCUCCCUGGCCCCAUCCUUCCCUCCAUCCCCGGGUACUCGUCGUAAUUCCCGUACCCACUAAAACUCCCUCCCCAUACCCCCAUCCCUAUUCACCAUUUCGCUUUGAGCUACCCUCAUUGUACCACUCAUAACCCCGUGUAAAGCGCCUUGGAUAAAGCCGCUAUAUAAAUAUAAGACAAGGUGACCCUGAAUCCUGACCCUAUUUUCAAUUGUAAGACCGUGACCCUGACUCUAACGCGAACCCAGUUACCAUCUGACCCGGGCGUUUUACGUAAAUCCACACCUCCAACGCUAAGAUCUUGACCCCAGCACCAACCCGGACACUAUGACCCUGGCUCCAUCAGCACUUUAACCCUGACCCUGAAUCUAUAACCCCUAACCACCAACCCCCACAACUCCAAUAUCCACGCAUUGUAGCCACAUCCCUCUUACCGUGCAACGCAGAACCCUCAACCUGUGCCAAAACCCCAAAUCUUAAGAUUUUAUAGCCACGCCUUCACCCACCUCGCACCCAUCAACUGAAUUGCUGAAAACUUCAACCUGACCCUGAAACUCUGGGUUUGGUUACCUGCAAAACAUUCCCCGGCACAACAGGUGGAAAAUAUAUAUAUAUAUCCGAAUCAAAAGAUGUCCAGUAGUUUCACAGAUGUCCAGUAGUUUCACAGAUGUCCAGUAGUUUCACAGAUGUCAAGUAGUUUCACAGAUGUCCAGUAUUAUAUGUAUCUCGCUGUGGCUGUAACUACUCGUAGUCACGUGCCUCGUCCAGUCCUUUCCAUUGGCCCGUAAUCUAGAGUCAGCGAGGGAUUAUCAGAAUCGGUAUUUAUACUGGAAGAAUGAGAUGUCUGGCAGGGGCGGGUCAGAACGCUACAACAAACAACACAACACACACGAUAGGAGUGUAACGUAUAGGAAAGACAAACAAAUCGCUUUCACAAAAAGAUACAAAUAAAGCUAAGUAACUUUGUUUUAUCUUACUAGCUAAAGCCCACUGGGGCAUUGACUUAUUUUUCAGACGCGACCUGGUAGCUCAACAAAGUGGAAAUUGACAGAGGCAAAAUCAUCUCAAUGCAUGUUUCUUAAUGUGGAGGGAAAACCCAGAGGACCCAGACUCUGAACACCAACCUAUACUCUGCCCGAACCCUAGCACUGACCACCAACCUAUACUCUGCCCCGAACCCUAGCACUGACCACCAACCUAUACUCUGCCCCGAACCCUAGCACUGAUCCGAACCCAUACCACUCUCUUUGAUAAUAACAACAGACGCACAGCCCUUUGUCAAUCCACUGCUGGAUGGUCUCCCCCUACGCUGCGUCGUUCGUGGAGGUUGAUUGACCAUACUUCACCACGCCGGUCAGUGCGGGUUCGUGAAGGUGGUGAAGGAGGUGGACAUUUUCACGGCCCGUUUCAGGCAUCGCCCGCCACUGAUGUUAGCCGUGACUGGGAAUGACACUCACCCCAGCCGGUUUGGCAGAGUUGCUAGCGCAAUGCGAUAACCCCCCCCCCGCCCCGAGUCUAUACGGUAAGUCCUCGUUUAACGCAGUGGAUGCGUUCCGGGAAAGUGCCACGUUAAGCGGAAAACGCGUUUCAGAGAUAAGCAUAAUAUCCCCCCGUAAAUAAUGUAACAAUAACGUGUGUCCAGGUGCAAUGUAGCACCACCACUACGACUACUAUCACGCACACCACGCAGUGAGGUGGCGGGACAAAUAACUGAGGGAUCGCCACCGCGUCACUGUGUCGUUCCGCGUGCUGUAUCACUACACCGCUGAGCCGCGCAAGUCAAGAAAGUAGUUCGCCGUCGACCGCAUCAGAAACCGCGUUAUGACGGGCGCGCGCACCGCGUUAUAGCGAGGGCUUCACCGCGUUAUAAUAAGUGUGUUAUUAUUUGAGCAUUAUUUAUAUAAGACAUAUCUCAUUUGCCUUUUACAGUAUUGUUGUUAUAUGGGUGGUAAAGUUAAACUAAAUAAAUAAAGCGCACUUUUUUUUUUAAAAG